CAGAAGUUCCUAGAAGCUACUUGAAGGGGCAGAGCCAUGAAGAGUCAGAGAGAGAACUUGAUCCAAUGAGCCCAUUCUUCUCUAAUAACUGGUUAUGACUACAAGUGUUUCUAUGGACCCCGGGCAGCCAUCCUCCUUUAAUCCAGAAGUACUUUCGGGCGGCCAUGUCCCAUGAAAGGUCUGCACAUUUCUCCAAAAUAGAAGAGGAUAUCAUCUGCUCCAUGUGCCUCACAGAGUUCAAUGACCCGGUCUUUAUCACUUGUGGCCACACCUACUGCAAACCCUGCAUCACAUCCUACUGGUCCACUACACCGAUCCUGGGUUAUCGCUGCCCAGAAUGCAGGAAAGUCUGUCAGAAAGACCAACUUAUACCGGCCUACCGCCUCAAGAAUGUGGUGUCAACGGUUCAGCUGGCCGCCAAAGAAGCACAGCCCAAACCGGCUCCGGCUCAUCCCGUUCAGCUGGUCUACACCGAUCUCCACAGGCAAUUGUGGUUGGAUGAAACUGCUGUGGACAGAUGCUUUGUGGACAGUGAGGUUUCAGGUUACCCCCUGUGCCUCAUCUGUGCGAUCGGGGAGAAGAGGAAAGGAAAAUCCAGCCUAUUGAAUUACAUACUGAGAGCCCUUUACAACCUGGAGAAGGGUCAGUCGGUCAGCCUAGGGGGAGCCGAUGAGACCCUGUCUGGGUUUAAAUGGAGAUCCGGGACAGACAGUGUCACCAAGGGGAUAUGGGUGUGGAGCAAACCAUUCAUCCUGGAGCGGAACGGUGAAAAGAUGGCCGUGUUCGUCCUGGACACAGAAGGGUCGCUGGACAUUGAAAGUGAUCGGGAGACCUGUAUCAAGCUCUCUGCCCUGUCCAUGCUCCUCAGCUCCUACCUGAUCUUCAAUGUAAACACGAGCUUGAAAACCACGGAGCUGGAUUAUCUUGAGAUGUAUCUCCAUGUCUCGGAGCUCACAGGGGAAUCUUUCUCUCUACAAUAUCUACAGCACUUAAAUAUCCUGGUUCGGGACUGGAAUGAUCCCGACAACUGCGGACGAGAAGCGGCGAAGUCCUAUAUAGAUCACGAGACUGAGAAACUUCGGAAAAGCUCGACAUACCACCGCGUGCUGGAGACUCUGCGCAGUCCGUCUGUGAGCGGCUUCCUCCUGCCGCACCCGGGGAAAGCGUUCCUGAGAUCCAAUCAGGGAAGGCUGUCAGACAUGGACGAUGAUUUCAGGGAUCACAUGAUCACCUACGUAUCGGACCUUGUGGGGGGCGUCUGGCUUCACCGCAAAACUGAUGUCCAUGGCGCGAAGAUCACGUGUGGCCAUUUGGGUCAAAUGCUUAAGGAUUUCGUCAGCACUUUGCAGAGAGAACACUUCAGCUUUGCUUCUCCAUUAGAGAUGUUUUAUGCACUUGAGAACAUGAAAAACAUGAAAAACACCGUUAAGAAAUUCCAGGAUUUUGUGGCAAAAGAGGCUCCCAUGACUUCUUCUCCAUUGAAAAUCUUGAGGGUAACGACCUCUAAGAUGCGGAUGAAGGUCAGCGAUGAGGCCUCUCGCCUUCUCCACGAGUAUGGGCAGAGUCUGAGAGGCGACAAUGACGCAGAGUGCCAGAAGCUCAUGGACGAGACCAAGACUCUCUUGAACCAAGAAGUGGAAAAAUUCUGUGACGAAUACUCCAAGCGCUUCACCAAAUGUGCCAUCAUGAUGGGAUGCGCAGUGGGGGGUGGGGUCCUUACCCUUGCCGGUGGUAUCGCAGGGGCUGCUGUGGCUGGAGUCGUUCUGGCCUCUGAGCUUGCCAUCAUCGUGGGUGCAGUUGGGGGGAGUGUUGCCGGCGGGGCCAUCGGAACUGGAGUUGGAGCAGGUGUUGGGAGUGUUAUUGGGCAUAAAGAGAAGAAAAAGGAUCAGAAGACUGAUGAGAGAAGUGAGUCAACAACUGAAGACACCCAACAGCUGGUAGUGAGUGAACAACUCCCAUCAUUGUAAUGUCCACCAGCUCCUACCAUGUGUGAGGCACUGCUUAAUUUUACACUGUAGACAGACAUCUCAAUUUAUUAUAGAAACGUUAUGGCCUCUUCCUUUUUAAUGGGGCACAAUGCCUUCCCAUUCCUCUGGAUAGAAUGCAAUAACCUUUUCCUGUAGGGGGCGCUUUACAGAAUUGAUUUUUAUAUGUGCAUUUCAUACAUUUUUAAUCUGUUUCUACCUAAGACAGCUGAGAAAAAUAACAGGAUGGCCACUACCGUGACCAAAAGGGAUUCCCACAGAAGACCCUCAAUGGAUGGACGCAGCCCCCUCUUCCUUGGAUUGGCCGCCGGGUAUAUGGAUGGACUCUCCUCAUCUUCAGCACUUUAUAAGCAUUGACUGUUCUUUCACUGAAUGAUUUCCAAAGAUCCAUGAUCUUCUGCCUUGGGUCUUAAUACUAUGGCUAUUCCUAAAGGGGUACUCCACCCCUAGACAUCUUAUUCCCUAUCCAAACGACCGUCACGCCCCCUCCCAUAGACUUGCAUUGAGGGGACGGGGCGUGACGUCACACGUGGCGGAGUCGUGACGUCACAGACUUCCGUUCCGGUGGUCGGGAUCCAGACCCUCCAGCGCUUCCGGAGCAGAAACAGGUUGGUGGCGCAUGCUAUAUUGCGGGGGUCCCCAGCGGCGGGACCCCCGCGAUCAGACAUCUUAUCCCCUAUCCUUUGGAUAGGAGAUAAGAUGUCUAGGGGUGGAGUAGCCCUUAAUGCACAAUUUACAGCACAUGAAUGCCAGCAAUACUGCUUGUUGCCAUUUUCCACAGGCGCCCAUCCUGGAAUAUGGCCAUUUUCAUCAGUGUAGGGUUUCCCAUUAAAAUGUUUCACACCCUUUGCUGGAAUCCAAAAGUUAGGGACAACUUUGAAGUCCUCAUCAACGUUCCACACAAAGUCUUUGGAGUUUUCCUUUGAAUAAAUGUAUUUUUUAAACCUCUUUUUCCGCCUGUUUUGUUGGCUUUCUGUCAUACCGAGCCCACUGGUAUGGAAGACCUUUGUGUGUAGUGACGUAGCAGCAUGUGCCAUCGACUUUCUCUGUAGCCAAGUGCAUUGUCAAUAGCGGCAUUCCAUGCCAGAGAGUUCAGGGUUUCUGUAACCAGCUCUUUGAACAUCUGGCGCUCCCGCUUGGCGGACGGCUCGCCCUUCACCUGAGUGACGAACACACACGAGCC